AGAGCAGUUGCAGAGAUAAUCAUGAACAACAGGGCACCAUUUAUUGCACCCCUGAAACACCUUCACAAACAAUAUGAGAUCAUCCAUAUUCAGAUCUCAGUGUACAACUCACAAGCCAAUGAUAUCAUGAAACAGCAGCACUUUGAUGUUCAGAAAGUGGCUAUGAAGGUCUAUGAUGAAGGGAACACAAUGGACUGGCCGAAGGUCAUACAUGCUGUGUCUAUUCAAAAGAGUACUGGGCAGUCUCUGCACUUCAUGGUACAUGGGGUAAAACCAGUAUUUCUGUUCAAUCUCACAGAAGCUAUGAACCUC